AUGGCGACGUCGUUGUCUCCUGCGCAGCAGCAGCGUGCGCGUGCACUGUACCGCACGCUGCUGAAAACGACAGCACAAGUGUUUCAAAAUGACCUGCCGGCAAAAGCGGCGGCACAUGCCGAGACGCGGCGCCAGUUCUUGCAGGCGCGCCAGGAAGCGGACUCUGUUAAGAUUGACCAAGCGCUCGAUAUGGGCGACCAAAUCGCGCACUUGUUCAAGCACAAUGUUGUGCAAGGCGUAGCAGAAGAGGAUCCAUACACAUUUCAUCUGCGGUUCACCGAGCACACGGAACUGGGCUCGAACGAGACGAUCAAGCAGCCGCGGCGAGCGCCGGGCCUGGACGAGAUUCAGCGUAUGCACACGCAAAAACAGCGGCAUCCGGGCACACAUACAUCUACGCGUACUUUCGCCACCUCAGCCACGCGCCCAGACAAGCACAACGAGGCGCUACCGCGCCCCAUCCCGCGCUUUCCCGGAAUCGUGAUUCUCGCCGACGGAUCCGCUGUGCAGCUGACCACGACUUCGCCCCGCCACCUGAGUAAACUCGCGCGGGACUAUACAAACCACCCCCUGUGGAACCAGACAGCUGGCGAGCGCUCGGAUGCGGACGCAGAGGACGAUACCGGACGGCUUGGCAGGUUCCGUCGCCGCUUUGCCGAGGAGGCUGCGCAGGGUGCGGCGCCUGCGGGCGUUGCAUUCGACGAGGGCGACUUGGACUGGAUGACGGGUGGGCGCGAAGCGCGCCAGGGCUCGCCACUUGCGGCCAAAAAAGCCAAGGGGAAAAGCCGUAAAUAG